GUCUCUGGCGUCGUCGGCACCACGCAAAAAAAAACAACACACACCUACCCUACUUCUUUAAACCAAAGCGUCCCUUCCCGUUCUUCUUCCCUCCACGCGGUGGUUGCUUCUCCCUUUCUUCUCCCUUCUCUUCCACAACAACCCCCCCAACACUUCACGACAGUCAACGAGUCCAUCCUCCAUCUCCACACAUCUUCUUAUUACCAUCCAACCAUCACCUUACAUCUUUAAUCAUGAGAGAAGUCAUCUCCCUUAACGUCGGUCAGGCCGGUUGCCAAAUUGCCAAUUCUUGCUGGGAGUUGUACUGCCUUGAGCACGGUAUCCAGCCUGAUGGUUACCUCACCGAGGAGCGUCGGCAGGGUCCUCAGGACCAGGGGUUCAGCACCUUCUUCUCCGAGACAGGUCAGGGAAAGUACGUUCCUAGGACAAUCUACGUCGACUUGGAGCCCAAUGUGGUCGACGAGGUGCGGACUGGUAUCUACCGAAACCUGUUCCACCCCGAGCAGAUGAUUACAGGAAAGGAGGAUGCUUCGAACAACUACGCCCGUGGUCACUACACCGUCGGAAAGGAGUUGAUUGACCAGGUUCUCGACAAGAUCCGCCGUGUUGCCGAUAACUGCGGUGGUCUCCAAGGUUUCUUGGUCUUCCACUCCUUCGGUGGUGGAACCGGUUCCGGAUUCGGAGCUCUGUUGAUGGAGCGCCUGUCCGUUGAUUACGGAAAGAAGUGCAAGCUCGAGUUCUCCGUCUACCCUGCUCCCCAGGUGUCGACUGCCGUCGUUGAGCCUUACAACUCCAUCCUGACCACCCACACCACCCUCGAGCACUCCGACUGUUCGUUCAUGGUCGACAACGAGGCCAUCUACGACAUCUGCCGCAGAAACUUGGACAUCGAGCGCCCCAACUACGAGAACCUUAACAGGCUCAUCGCCCAGGUCGUCUCUUCCAUCACCGCGUCGCUCCGUUUCGAUGGUUCCCUCAACGUCGAUCUCAACGAGUUCCAGACCAACCUGGUGCCCUACCCCCGUAUCCACUUUCCUCUCGUGUCGUACGCCCCCGUCAUCUCGGCGGCCAAGGCCUCGCACGAGGCGAACUCGGUCCAAGAGAUCUCCAACUCUUGCUUCGAGCCCCACAACCAGAUGGUGAAGUGCGACCCCCGUAACGGAAAAUACAUGGCCACCUGUCUGUUGUAUCGCGGGGACGUCGUGCCCAAGGAGGUUCACGCCGCCGUUGCCAGCAUCAAGACCAAGAGGACCAUCCAGUUCGUCGACUGGUGCCCGACCGGAUUCAAGAUCGGUAUCUGUUACCAGCCUCCCCAGCUCGUUCCCAACGGUGACUUGGCUAAGGUUAACCGUGCUGUAUGCAUGUUGUCGAACACCACCGCUAUCGCCGAGGCAUGGGGUGCUCUUAGCGCGAAGUUCGACCUUAUGUACAGCAAGCGUGCCUUCGUGCACUGGUACGUUGGUGAGGGUAUGGAGGAGGGAGAGUUCUCCGAGGCUCGUGAGGAUUUGGCUGCUCUUGAGCGGGAUUACGAGGAGGUUGCCACCGACUCCGUCACCGACGAUGUCGAGGAGGCCGAGUACUAAACGGCGGAAUCACUUAAUUGGGAUGGGUAGCAGUUUGGGAGGGGGACGGCGAUCGAGGCAGCGAACCAGACAAAAAAAAGCAGCGGGUUCCUUGUGAUCAAGUGUGUUUGUUUUAUUCGCUUCUCGCGCACCACACCACCACUUACCUUUGAAUCGUACUAUCCAUAUCCUUCGUUUUCGCUUGUCUUCGUCGUACCUGUAGUUCAGCCCUUCCUUUUUGUUACCUCAAGACUUCCUUUCUCA